AUGCCUGGGGAGUCCCGAGAGCACCAACCCCACCCUCCUGCAUCACAGCGGCUCUGUCUGGGUGAUGGGAGGGGGCCGACCUCCCUGCCCAAGCUCGGUUUCCCUGCUGCCGAUGCUCCAAGACGUGUUUUCCCGUCGGGACAGGCUGCUGCUGCUGCUGCAGAGCUUCACCGGGCUGAGAAAUAUCAGAAGGAGCACCUGAAACGCUUCUUGCCGGAUGUUUUGGAGUCAGGAACUUCCCCAGAGCCCAUCCAGCCCAAUUCUGUGUGCCCGUGUCCAAGUGUCCAAGUGCUGGGCAGCUCAGGCAGCUCCCAGCACAGGGCUGGCCCCAGCCUGGCUCAGAGCACCUGCAGUGCCUCCACGCAGACCCCAGGGUCACCGCUGGGUUCCUGUGACACCUGCUCCAGCGCCCAGGCCAGCCUCCACGAGGUGGGCAGAGCCAUCACCAGCAUCUGUCAGAGCCAGAACAUCCCUUCGGCUCUCAGCAAAUUCCAGGAGGUGCUGGAGGACGGCGCAGGGAGAAGGAACCUCUCUGCAAAAGACAUGAGCUACUGGGCCUUGGAGCAGAGCAAGGACCUCUCCCGGAUCAACAAACACCUCCAGGGGCUGCUGCAGCAGGUGAACCCCCUGAAGGCUGAGCUGGAAGAGAAAGGCAAACAGAACAAGAAGCUGCAGAAACAGGUUGAGGACGUUUCCAGGAAGCUGCAGGCAGAGAAGGACAUCCAAGCAGAGCAGCAGAGGAAGGCUGAGCAGAGCUUGAAAGCCAAGGACAAGGAACAUUCUGAGGCUGUGGCCAGGCUGGAGCGGGACAAGGACGACCUCCGGAGAGGAGCUGCUCUGCUGGAGGAACGACUCUCAGCCCUGAAGGAGGAGCUGGCAGCGAAGCAGGUGGCAGUGCAGGAGCUGGAGCUCUCCAAGACCACCUUGUUGGAGGAGAUGACAACCACAAUGGUGGCCCGGAGCCAGGUGCUGGAGCUGGAGGAGAAGGUGGAGAUGCUCACAGGCCAGAGGGACAGCCUGGACCGGGAGCUGAGUGCCACCAGCAUACAGCUGGAGAAGGAGAAGGUCCGUGUGGAGAGCAUGUUCCGGCACGAGGAGUCCCUGCAGGCUAAGCAGAGGACCCUGCUGCAGCAGCUGGACAGCCUGGACCAGGAGUGUGAGGAGCUGCAGGCCAGCCUGGCAGAGGCCGAGCAGGACAAGGCCCGGCUGGCGGAGCAGCUGGAGCGGAGCCAGGAGCAGAGUGGGAAACAGCUCCAGGCACAGCAGGAGCUGCUGGACACACUGCAGCAGGAGAAGCUGGCAAUGGAACAAUCCAUCCUGGAGCUGCAGGCAAACACAUCCCGGCUGGAGGAACAGGCACAGGAGCUGAGGGAGCGGGAAAGGCUCCUGGUGUUCUUCCCUGAUCUCCACAUCCCCGCUGAGAUGGAGUUUGAGAGCAGCGGGAAUUUGACAGAGGACAUGGAGAGUCAGCUCCAGGCCAACACCAUCCGGAUCGAGGUGCUGGAGCGGGAGAACGCGCGGCUCGAGGCUCUGCUCGCCAAGGUGAAGGCAGCAGCCGAGCAGGGCAUGCUCAAGGAACCGUUCCCAAGAGGAGACCGGGAUGUGGCCACACUUGGAAGAGGAAAGCAGAGCUGGCCUGGGAUGAGAGUAAUCCGAGCCGCCUUUAGCCCACCAGCACAGCCACAAGCUGGGAAAGUCAUUCCCCCCUCCAUGAGCACCCAGAGGGGCUGGGAACCACCGAGUCAUGGGUGCAGGCUGGCCCUGACCUCUGAGCUGCCCCCCCAGCACUGUGAGCCCCGUGCAAGCCCCACACAAAACACACAGCCAGUCCUUGCUCCAUGUUUAAUAGGGAUGGACACGUGCCAUGUUGCAGCCCGUGGGGCAGGACCUCGGCAGGGCUCACAGCGUGUCCCCAGUCACCGUGCUGGGCGAGCCAAGCCCUAGGUUGGCUCUG